GACAAAAGACAAAAGGAAAUCCAGAGAAAGGAGUUUCACGAGAUUCCGAGAUUUGCAGUGACUUGAUGGUGACUGUUCUGCUUUCCAGUUUCUGAUCAAAAUGCCAACAACAAUAUAAACCAAAAUUCGAGUACACGGCUAUGGAUUAACAGCGCUACGAUUCCCGAUCUGAAUCAGGAACAAGGACGAACACUACACCACCGACGGCGAAGAUUUCCAACAACGAAAUCAUAAAGGGCUUCUAAAUGAGCGGCGAAAAGGUUGUGGCAUCUUCUGGAGCUUCUUCGGGUUCUGUGGACGUCGUUAAGGGCAUCAAUGGCCUUGAUAAAGUCGUCCUUCGCGAUCCGCGUGGUAGUUCUGCUGAGGUAUAUUUAUAUGGGGCCCACGUGACAUCUUGGAAGAAUGAUCAUGGGGAAGAGAUGCUUUUUGUUAGUAACAAGGCCAUUUUCAAGCCUCCAAAACCAAUUCGUGGAGGGAUUCCGAUAUGUUUUCCUCAAUUUUCAAAUCUUGGUCCUCUUGAGGCACAUGGAUUUGCUAGAAUAAGACUUUGGAACAUUGAUAACAAUCCACCUCCUCUUCAAACGAAUACCUCCAGUAAGACUUUUGUUGAUCUAAUCCUAAAGCCCUCUGAAGAAGAUGCAAGGGUUUGGCCUCAUAGUUAUGAGUACCGUCUGAGGGUAUCUCUAGGACCUUCUGGAGAGCUAUCGUUGACAUCACGUGUUAGGAAUACCAAUGCAGAUGGAAAGCCUUUCUCGUUCACAUUUGCUUAUCACACUUACUUCUCAGUAUCAGACAUAAGUGAAGUUCGGGUGGAAGGUUUGGAGACCUUGGACUAUCUUGACAACUUGCAGGGUAGAGCGCGUUUUACUGAACAGGGGGAUGCUUUAACUUUUGAAUCAGAAGUGGACAAGAUAUUUCUUAGCUCUCCAUCUAAGAUUGCAAUUCUGGAUCAUGAGAAGAAAAGGACUUUUGUAGUUCGAAAAGAAGGACUUCCAGAUGCUGUGGUCUGGAAUCCUUGGGAUAAGAAAGCAAAGGCAAUAUCUGAUUUCGGAGAUGAAGAGUACAAGUACAUGCUGUGUGUGGAGGCUGCAGCUAUCGAAAAACCAAUCGCUCUGAAACCUGGCGAGGAAUGGAGAGGAAGACUGGAGCUUUCUGCUGUUCCUUCAAGUUACUGUAGUGGCCAACUUGAUCCUCAGAAAGUCCUCCACGGCAUCUAAAAAGUUCAUCAUUCUGUUCACUUCACAUGUAUCAGGUACAUGAGUUUCUUGUUCGCAAUAGAUAUUUUACUUUUCUUGGCAGUAUCAUGGCUGCUAAUAUUUUCAGAAUCAGAAAAACUAGAAAAAUGGGUAUUUCCAUCUUUGAACAUCUAGUGCAAAAGAUUGAAGAACAACUGGGACAGAAUUUUCUCAA